AUGGGUCCUGAAUCUGCAAAUCCCGAAGCUCUUGGAAAUCUGCCUUUUGAAAUAAUACAUCACAUCAGUCGCUUUCUCGACGAAUUCGACGUAUACUGGUUUGCGAAAGCAAAUCGACGUCUUUAUCAAUCUUUAGAAGGCGAAUGGUUCUACGACCACGUUGGUCCCGAUGCUGCGUCUCCUGCCCUGCUGGCUGCUGCGGAACAUGGCCACUUCGCUACGGUAAGGAGGGCCCUGGAGGGAGGCGCAAACAUCAACUAUCAGGAUCCAUCAACUGGACAGACCGCCUUGGUUGCGGCGUGCAGCAACGGUCAUGAAACUGUCGUGGAAUAUCUGCUGCAACAGAGCGGGAUCGAAGUAAACACGUCAGACCGCCACGGCCGGACAAGCCUUCAUCUGGCAGCUCUUGAGGGCGACGAAGCGAUUGUCGGUUACUUACUUUCCAUGCGCAACUUGGAAGUAAACCUCACGGAUCUUUGGAACGCCACGCCACUGGAUCUCGCAGUCCAAAAGCGAAAUUGGACUGUUGUCGCAUUGCUACUAGACUUUGGGGCAGCCAAGGUGAUGAUCGGUUGUCAGUCGAACCGUCGGGCCAUCCGGCUCUCUUUGAGGCUAUGGUUAGCGGGCAUGUCAAAACCGUGUCAUUGUUACAAACACACGAUGCUACUCUUUCAACAAGAUCGUCAGGUAUCGUACAGCAAGAAAUGGAUGCCCGGAGAUUUGAAUGAGUAG